AUGUGUCGGUACGUGAGAAUCUCGCGGGGUGACAUAUCUCUACGUGAGAUUAUGGUGGCCCUGCUGCCUAUGCGGCAGGACCUACGUGGUCUCAUCUACGUGAUGAUUGGGUCCCUUGGCGUUCGGCGGUAUCUACGCGAUACCGAUCGGAGGCCGUCAUGCUCUGACCUAAGUGGUCCACAGAGAGCGCGUUCCUACGCGGAACGGUGUGCAUACAAGACCUACGUGGUCUAUGAGACCUACGUGGUCUAUGAGACCUACGUGGUCUGCCCUACGUGGGCCUCUCGGACCUACGCGGUCCGGUUGCUACGUGCAACGGUGGUCCUACGCGGACUGAAAUGUAUGCACAUCUGGCCCUGCGUGGGCAGCCGCUACGCGCGGCAAAGCUAUAUGGAUGCCGAGGCUUUGGCGCGGUCGCCCUUUUCUCCUGCGAGGCAUGCGCGUAAGGAGUCUAAAGGGACACGUGCCCGGAAGUCGCAGUCCCGUGCCCGUCGUCGACGGCAACGUUCGGAGACGAACCGAACGGAGUCAAGUGACGACAAGCGUCGGCGUCGCCGGUCGCCUUCUCACGCACGUCGUGAGCGCGGAGCGGACCGAGAACGCAGUGAUGUGCCGGAAGGCAGGGAGCGCCGGACUUCGUCUAUGAAAGAUGCAAAGUCCCCGGUCCAAGCGGCCGAGCCGGUGACAGACCCGGAGAGGCCUCCUUGCGAGCACUGCGGUCAACCGCUGACAAAGCAUUUGUCUGGCCGCAAGCAGCACCAAUGGAUGUCAAUCCCCUGUCUCACGUAUCAAUUCUUUAACCAGAUGACAAAAGAAGAGCAGGACCAAGAAGGUGCGUGGGCACGCGCGCAAAGAGACGCGAAGGGGGUGCACAAGAAACGCCUGGAAGAAGGUGGCCGAGCGCCGCAUCCAGCCAGACGCGCUCCAACCAGAGAGGAGUGGCCGGAAGCUGGUAGGCAUGUGUCAAUGGGAGCUGGCCCUUCGAGGGAUGAUCGGCGAUCUCGGACGCCGCCCAAGCGGCGACGCCGGGAGCGAUCGCCUGUGCUCUUGCGUGAGGCGGAACCGGAGUGGGAUGAGGUGCCUGUGGAGUCUGAACCGGUACGUCCGGUGCGACGCGCCACGUCAUCUCGCCACAUGCCGCCGCCGGAGCCUCCAUCACCACCGCGAGGAUGGUCUGCACCUCCACCACGAGUGGGUGAAGCAGCUCCGGAAGAUGGUGGAAGCAAGACGCCCAAGCAGCUUACCAUUAACAUCACCUUGUGA